UAAGAUUUAUCUUACAAAGACUUAAACACAAUGUCUGUAUAAUAAACCGUUAAAAAGGAUUUGAUGAUCACUAGUCUAGUGAUUGUACGUUAUUCUUUGUUUUCAUCAUUCAGGUUGGAUUUCAGCUUUAUUGGAUGUUUUUUUUUUUUUUUUUUUAAACAAAGCAGCUGAUAUUGCAAGCAGGAAGCUAGUGAACUGCCAAGUUGCUUUCACUGAUUAAACACGUGGGAACACACAUGGAAGCUCUUUAGGACCAUGAAUGUGGAAUCUGCUUUACAGACACGCCUGUUUUGCACACGUCACUCAAACACAGAGCCAGGAAAAAGGAAUCACAUUUCCACAGUUCAGGGAAAGAGGAACUGAAACUGAAGUGUAGUUGAGCUGUUGUGUGUUUGUGUCUCUAUUCAUGCAGUAAAAUGGCAGAAGCCAGAAUUUCAGUGGAUCAGAAUGAGUUCCUUUGUCCAGUGUGUCUGGAUCUUCUGAAGGAUCCAGUGACCACUUCCUGUGGACACAGUUACUGUAAGAGCUGUAUUACAGACUUCUGGGAUCAGGAGGAUCAGAAGAGAGUCUACAGCUGCCCUCAAUGCAGACAGACCUUCAGUCCAAGACCUGCUUUAUCUAAAAACACCAUGCUGGCUGAAGUGGUGGAGAAACUGAAGAAGAGAAAACUUCCUGCUGACUGUUACGAUGGAGCUGGAGAUGUGCAGUGUGACAUCUGUACUGGAAGAAAACACAAAGCCGUCAAGUCCUGUCUGGUGUGUCUGGAGUCUUACUGUCAGAAUCACCUUGAACAACAUGAGAGUUUGUUUAAAGGAAAGAGACACAAUCUGACUGAAGCCACUGGACGACUGCAGGAGAUGAUCUGCCAGAAACACGACAAGAUCCUUGAGGUUUUCUGCCGCACUGAUCAGAAGUUUAUAUGUGUGCUGUGUAUGGAUGAACAUAAAAACCACGACACUGUAUCAGCUGCAGCACAGAGGACAGAGAAACAGCUGAAGGAGACGCAGAGGUCAUUCCAGCAGAGGAUCCAGCAGAGAGAGAAAGAUCUUCAGCAGCUGAGAGAGGCUGUGGAGUCUCAUAAGCGCUCUGCACAGACAGCAGUGGAGGACAGUGAGAGGAUCUUCACUGAGCUCAUCCGCUCCAUCGAGAGAAGCCGCUCUGAGGCCACACAGCGGAUCAGAGAUCAGGAAAAGACUGCAGUGAGUCGAGCUGAAGGACGACUGGAGCGACUGGAGCAGGAGAUCAAUGAUCUGAGGAGGAGAGACGCUGAGCUGGAGCAGCUUUCACACACACAGGAUCACAUCCAUUUCCUGCAGAGUUUCCAGUCUCUCUCAGCUCCUCCUGAAUCUACAGACGUAAAUGACGAUCCCUUCAGUUCUUUCUCCUCUUUUGAUGUUGUGAGAGAAUCUGUCCAUCAGCUGAAAGACAAACUGGAGGAUUUCUGCAAAGAGGAGCUCAAGAAGAUCUCUGACAGAGUCACUUUCACCAACAUUGUUCCCAGGACCAGGAACGACUUCCUACAAUAUUCCCAUCAGCUCACUCUGGAUCUGAACACAGUGAAUAAACUCCUCUGUCUGUCUGAGAGUAACAAAGUGAUUACUUACACUGAUACAGUUCAGUCGUAUCCUGAUCAUCCAGACAGAUUUGAUGUGCGUCAGGUGUUGUGUAGAGAGAGUGUGUGUGAUCGACGCUGUUACUGGGAGAUUGAGUGGAGUGGACCUGUGUUUGUUGCCCUGUAUAUAUCAGUGUCAUAUAAGAGCAUCAGCAGGAAGGGAGGGGGUAAAGAGUGUUGGUUUGGAUAUAAUGAUCAGUCCUGGAGUUUGAGGUGCUCUUCCUCCAGUUACUCCUUCUUUCACAAUAACAUAGCGACUGUUCUCCCUGUAAAGUCAAUCAGCAGUAGAAUAGGAGUGUAUGUGGAUCACAGUGCAGGAACUCUGUCCUUCUACAGCGUCUCUGGAGACACAAUGAUCCUCAUCCACACAGUCCAGACCACAUUCACUCAACCGCUCUAUCCUGGGUUUUGGGUUUAUUGUUCUGGAUCAUCAGUGAAACUGUUUCCGGAGCCUCCAGCUCUGGACUUAUCACUAUGUGAAAAUGAGGAGAUGAAGAGAGAGAUAGAAGAUCUGCGGAAACAGCUGGAGAAGGCCAAGGUGAAUAGCCGCUUUGGCCUCCAGAGAUUUGCGGGGUCUGAUGAGGAUAUUCGCUUUUACACAAGAACGCUCCGUUCCCGUACUCGGACAGAAUUCAUCCACAUCAGCGGGGGAAUUUCCUACCAGGCUGACUUGCUGAAGGACCUGGAUCAGGGGCAGGGUUUGUCCCCUGAUGCGGUGGCUGAGCUGCGCCACACCACAGAUCUCGCUCUCCGGGCCACCAAGCAGACGGCCGCCUCGAUUGGGAGAUCGAUGGUGGCCAUGUUGAGCUGUUGUGUGUUUGUGUCUCUGUAUUCAUGCAGUAAAAUGGUAGAAGCCAGAUUUUCUCAGGAUGAGUUCCUGUGUCCAGUGUGUCAGGAUAUCCUGAAGGAUCCAGUGACCACUUCCUGUGGGCACAGUUACUGUAAGAGCUGUAUUACAGACUUCUGGGAUCAGGAGGAUCAGAUGAGAGUCUACAGCUGUCCUCAGUGCAGACAGACCUUCAGUCCAAGACCUGCUUUAGCUUUAAACACCAUGCUGGCUGAAGUGGUGGAGAAACUGAAGAAGACUAACCUUCCUGCUGACUGUUACGCUGGAGCUGGAGAUGUGCAGUGUGACGUCUGUACUGGAAGAAAACACAAAGCCGUCAAGUCCUGUCUGGUGUGUCUGGAGUCUUACUGUCAGAAUCACCUUGAUCAACAUGAGAAUUUGCUUAAAGGAAAGAGACACAAUCUGACUGAAGCCACUGGACGACUGCAGGAGAUGAUCUGCCAGAAACACGACAAGAUCCUUGAGGUUUUCUGCCGCACUGAUCAGAAGUGUAUAUGUCUGCUGUGUACGAUGGAUGAACAUAAAAACCACGACACUGUAUCAUCUGCAGCACAGAGGACAGAAAAACAGCACCAGCUGCAGGAGACGCAGAGGUCGUUCCAGCAGAAGAUCCAGCAGAGAGAGAAAGAUCUUCAGCAGCUGAGAGAGGCUGUGGAGUCUCAUAAGCGCUCUGCACAGACAGCAGUGGAGGACACUGAGAGGAUCUUCACUGAGCUCAUCCGCUCCAUUGAGAGAAGCCGCUCUGAGGCCACACAGCAGACCAGAGAUCAGGAAAAGACUGCAGUGAGUCGAGCUGAAGGACGACUGGAGCGACUGGAGCAGGAGAUCAAUGAUCUGAGGAGGAGAGACGCUGAGCUGGAGCAGCUUUCACACACACAGGAUCACAUCCAUUUCCUGCAGGGUUUCCAGUCUCUCUCAGCUCCUCCUGAAUCUACAGACGUAAAUGACGAUCCCUUCAGUUCUCUCUCCUCUUUUGAUGGCGUGAGAGAAUCUGUCCAUCAGCUGAAAGACAAACUGGAGGAUUUCUGCAAAGAGGAGCUCAAGAAGAUCUCUGACAGAGUCACUUUCACCAACAUUGUUCCCAGGACCAGGAACGACUUCCUACUAUAUUCCCAUCAGUUCACUCUGGAUCUGAACACAGUGAAUAAACGCCUCCAUCUGUCUGAGAGGAACAGAGUGAUUACUGGCACUAACACAAAGCAGUCGUAUCCUGAUCAUCCAGACAGAUUUGAUAUUGUGUGGCAGGUGUUGUGUAGAGAGAGUGUGUGUGAUCGACGCUGUUACUGGGAGAUUGAGUGGAGUGGUGAUGUGCGUAUAUCAGUGUCAUAUAAGAGCAUCAGCAGGAAGGGAGAGGGAAAAGAGUGUUGGUUUGGAUGUAAUGAUCAGUCCUGGAGCUUGUUCUGCUCUUCCUCCAGAUACUCAUUCAGACACAAUAACAGAAAGACUGUUCUCCCUGUAGAGUUCAUCAGCAGUAGAAUAGGAGUGUAUGUGGAUCACAGUGCAGGAACUCUGUCCUUCUACAGCGUCUCUGGAGACACAAUGAGCCUCAUCCACACAGUCCAGACCACAUUCACUCAACCGCUCUAUCCUGGGUUUAGAGUUUAUUCUGGAUCAUCAGUGAAACUGUGUUGAUGAAUCAGAAUAGACUGUAGAGAGAUUCUAUCCAUAAUGCUUUGAGCUCAUGAUAAAUCAGUAACAGUGGCUACGUUUACAUGCACUAAUUUUCGUCAAUCCGAAUGAAUUGAAUCUGAUUGCAGAUCUGUUUACAUGUACUCUAAACAUUGUAAUCUGAUUCAAAUAUCCGUUUAUAUGUGUUUUAUAUACAUUCUGAUUAAAAGCACAGCGUAUGCGCAAAAAUUGUGACGUCAUAUCAGUCACACUUGCGGUAACCCGGGUUGCGUCAACAGACGAUGAUCAUGUAUCGACGAUAGCCAGAGAUAUUGUCAAAAGCAUCAAAUCUUGGCAAUAUUAAGAGGAUUUGGUAUUUCCUAUUAAUGUAGGCCUGUUACAUUCUUCUAGUCUAUUAUUAUAACUAUUAGGUUCGGCUUCUUUUAUUAUUAAAUUAAUAUUAUAUGUGCUGUGAGGAUAAUAAAAGAUUAGGCUAUUAGCCAUCUUUGAAAAUGUUUUUAACAUUUUUUUAGGUCUAUUACACAAUGAAUUAUAGGCCUAUCAUUAAAAUUAUUAAGAGUGUAGGUAAGAGUGUAAUAUUUACUAUCACUGCAGUCAUCAAUGAAUUUAAGCGCAAUUUUACUUCAAGCACCGACUUUAAAAAAAACAACCUGUUUAACACAAAAUUCUCAUUUGUUUCUCUAGCCUAUAUGUACGGACACAAGAGAAAUAAUGGAAUAAAUUAAGACAGUUAUAUACUGUUAUCAGCAUAUUAUGUUGAAAUUCGUCUCUGAGAGAAUAUGCUCCGUUAAUGCAGCGUCAGACAGCUCCGUCACUUACUAUUUCUGUAGUGAAUACUGACCGAGGUUGAGACUUUUUCACCGGCAUAACUCUUGCGCAAAGUUUGCACGUUGCUUCUUGUGUGAUAUCCUUUGGCUCCCCUUCUUGCUUUAAAACGGAAAUAUUUCCAAUAUUAUGACGAAGGGAUACAGCUACACCACUGCCUUUUGGCAUACAUCUUUACAACUAAAGACAUGAACGUGACCUUGUGUAACGGAGGCCAGGCUAGUAGUCGCUGUGCAAGCAAACCUCACUCCUCUGAUCUCAAGAGGUUGCAGCCUUUAGCCUCCUUGUUAGAGCGUCCGACUCCAACACCGGAGACCCAGGUUUGAGGCCCGCGCAGAGCGGGGCGAGUAGGACCUGGGUUAGGGGUUACGCAUGUGCCCCAGAGACUUCUUAAUACGACUGAGAAAGGAGUCGUUUACAUGGUCAUUUUUUGCUGUUGGAUUGGAUUAAAAAAGGAAUAAACCACCCCUUUCAAUCCGAUCGAAAUUUCAUUCGGAUCGAGCUCAAUCAGAUCGAUUAAGGUGUUUACAUGAACGUUUUUCAAUCCGAUUCAGCUGUCAAUCCGAUUACAAAUGGAUUAUUUGGGUGCAUGUAAACGUAGCCAGUGAGAUGUUAUAGAGUCUCUUAUUUUCUCUUCAUUACAUUAAUACUACAGCUGAACUUCUGUCAGUGAAAAUAACAUGUCAGAAUAAAUGUGUGUAAUGAAUCCUCAUAUAGACAGUGAGAUCAGUGUGUGUUUGUGAGUCAUGAUGAGUGACGGUGUGUAUCUGUGCUCUUAUCAACCUCUGUUGCUGAUGGAAAUCAGUCAUUCAGUUCUUAUUGUAGUGUCACAUAAAUCAUUUUAUUAUUACUGGCAUAAUUACUUUUCAUUAAAAUGUCAUUUGUUGACAAAUGUCAGUUUAGUAAUAAAUGUAAAAUAUAGAUCAUCUGAUCAUACUGUAAACUCUUGAUCAGUGAAAUUAUGAGCACAAUUAUUCUUAUCUAAUCCAGUUUACUUUAAAAAAUUCUGAGAAACAAAUCUCUCUCAACUAAUGCUGUAAACAUACAGGGAAACUUGAUUUAACUUUACUCGUUUGUAUACAAUUAAUAUAAUGCAGUUUUUAUGAUAAUGUUAUCCCACUCGAUUAUGACCUCUGUCAGUGUUUCUUACUACAUAUUAAAGAAACCUAAAUUUAAUUUCUCUUUUUGAUCUGUUGUAGCCUCUGUCCUAUUGUGUAUCAUUUGCUUUUUAUUUUUAAUAACAAAAAUUAAAUAACCAAUAUAUAUAUAUUGUGAUAUAUCAUUAUUGCUAUCGUUAUUUGAAUUAAAAUGUCUUAAAUCAAGAUUUUGGUCAUAUCACCAAAAUUACACAUAA